AUGACCAUGUUUGAAAAUGUCACCCGGGCCCUGGCCAGACAGCUCAAUCCCCGAGGGGAUCUGACCCCGCUGGACAGCCUCAUUGAUUUCAAGCGCUUCCACCCCUUCUGCCUGGUCCUAAGGAAAAGGAAGAGCACAUUGUUCUGGGGUGCCCGUUAUGUCCGCACUGACUAUACCCUCCUAGACCUUCUUCAGCCAGGGACCUCACCUUCAGAUCCAUCAGACACAGGAAACUUCUCUUUCAAGAAUUUGCUGGAUGCCCGCCUGGAGGGUGAAGUAGAUGUCCCCAAAACAGUGAAAGUCAAAGGGACUGCGGGGCUCUCACACAGCAGUACGCUAGAAGUUCAAUCUCUCAGUGUUUCCCCUAAAGCCCUGGACAACUUACAGAAGGAGAGGAAGCUCAUGCCAGAGCACUCAUUCCUAAAGGAGAUAAAGGAACGAGGGGAGAACCUGUAUGUGGUGAUGGAAGUUGUGGAAACUGUGAAGGAGAUCACCUUGGAGAAUGCUGGGAAAGCUUCGGGAUGCUUCUCCCUCCCCUUCUUUGCCCCUUUGGGCCUACAGGGAUCCAUUGACCACAAGGAGGCUAUCACCAUCCCCAAGGGCUGUGUCUUAGCCUUCCGAGUGAGGCAACUGGUAAUCAAAGGAAAAGAUGACUGGGACAUUCCCCAUGUGUCCAACGAGAACCUGAAAACUUUUCCUACUGAUGGUGAGAGCUCAGGAGAGGUGAAUUGUCUUCUAUUUUUUUCUGCAUACACAGCUGAAGUUCCAGAAAGUUUUGGGUCGCUUAAGAAAGAAGUGCAAAGUGAGGCCCAAGAGGUAGACAAGUUGAGCAGGGAAGGGCAGGCAUCACUACUCAAGUCCCUCCGAAGCCUUCUGGGGAAGAAACAAGACCUCCAAGACUUAGAGCUCUCGUUUGAAGAAGCUCUGAACAAGAGGCAUCCUGUGUCCCUGGAGGCCAGCCCAAAAGACAUUGAACUCUCCCAUGAUGUCGUGGAAGGCAUUCUCUAUUUCCUUGGAGCUCUGACAGAACUGACUGAAGCCCAACAUAAACUCCUAGCAAAGUCCAUGGAUAUGAAGAUCUUGCCUCUGCAGCUGAGGCUGGUGGAGAGUGUUAUGGAGCAGAACUUCCCAUGCACUGAGGAAGGUUUAUUUCCCCUGAAGCCUGAGCUACUAUCCUCCCUUGGGGAUGAGGAAUUGACCUUCACUGAGGCUUUGGUGGGGCUGAGUGGCCUAGAAAUGCAGAGAUCAGGCCUCAAGUAUAACUGGGACCCUGACACACUCCCCCAACUCUGUGCCCUGUAUGCCAGCCUCUCCUUCCUACAGUUGUUAACCAAGGACUCCUAA